GUUAUGAGUGCGACGUGUGUGGCAAGGCCUGCCGGAGCCCGAGCGAGCUGGAGAUCCACCGGCGGGUGCACACGGAGGAACGCCCCUUUGACUGCUCGGACUGCGGCAAGAGCUUCAAGACGGCGAUGGCCCUGAAGAGACACCGGCUGGUGCACACGGGGGAGAGGCCCUAUGGCUGCUCCACAUGCGGCAAGAGCUUUACCCAGUUGUCGGGGCUGUGUGAGCACCAGCGGGUGCACAGCAGUGAGCGGCCCUUCACCUGCCCCGACUGCAGCAAAGGCUUCAAGUCGCCCAAGGACCUGAAGGUGCACAGGCGCCUGCACACUGGGGAGCGGCCCUUCACCUGCAGCGACUGCGGCAAGGGCUUCACCAAGUCCAGCAACCUGCUGGAGCACCAGCGCACCCACACCGGUGAGCGGCCCUACACCUGUGCCCAGUGCGGCAAGGACUUCACCCAGCGCAGCAACCUGCUGGAGCACCAGCGCACCCACACCGGUGAGCGCCCCUACGCCUGUGCCCAGUGCGGCAAGAGCUUCACCCAAUCCAGCCACCUGCUGGUUCACCAGCGCAGCACCCACACCGGCGAGCGCCCCUACACCUGCGCCCAGUGCGGCAAGGGAUUCACCCAGUCCAGCACCCUGCUGCUGCACCAGCGCAGCCACACCGGCGAGCGCCCCUUCACCUGCGCCCAGUGCGGCAAGGGCUUCACCCGCUCUGACAGCCUGCUGAUGCACCAGCGCACCCACACCCGCGUGCGCCCCUACACCUGUGCCCAGUGCGGCAAGGGCUUCACCCAGCCCAGCAGCCUGCUGGAGCACCAGCGCACCCACACCGGCGAGCGCCCCUACACCUGCGCCCAGUGCGGUAAGUGCUUCAUCGCCAACAGCAACCUGCUGAAACACCAGCGCAUCCACACCGGUGAGCGCCCCUACACCUGCGCCCAGUGCGGCAAGGGCUUCACCCAGUCCAGCACCCUGCUGCAGCACCAGCGCACCCACACCGGCGAGCGCCCCUACACCUGUGCCCAGUGCGGCAAGGGCUUCAUCGAACCCAGUGGCCUGCUGAAGCACCAGCGCACCCACACCGGCGAGCGUCCCUACACCUGCGCCCAGUGCGGCAAGGGCUUCACCCAAUACGGCAAUCUGCAGACGCACCAGCGCACCCACACCGGGGAGCGGCCCUACACCUGUGCCCAGUGCGGCAAGGGCUUCACCCACUCCAGCAGCCUGCAGACACACCAGCGCACCCACACCGGCGAGCGCCCCUACACCUGCGCCCAGUGCGGCAAGGGCUUCACCCAAUACGGCAAUCUGCUGAAGCACCAGCGCACCCACACCGGCGAGCGCCCCUACACCUGCGCCCACUGCGGCAAGGGCUUCACCCGCUCUGACUGCCUGCUGGUGCACCAGCGCACCCAUACCGGCGAGCACCCUUUUUUGUGCGCUGAGUGUGGCAAGGGUUUCACCCGCAUGUCCAGCCUGUGGCAGCACAGGUGUACCCACAACGGUGAGCGUCCCUUCCCCUGCCCGUCCUGUGGUAAUGGCUUCACCCGCCUUGACCACCUGCUGGAGCACCGGCGAGUCCACACCAGCCAGCACCCCUUCACCUGCCCGCUCUGUGGCAAGGCCUUUGCCCGCUCCUCCAGCCUGCUGGCA